AUGCCAUUCGACUCAAAGGUUCCCGGUGUCACCAUCCUCGGAAAGGUCACCCCCCAGCAGGCCCAGGAGAUCCUGACCCCCGAAGCCCUUCUCUUCGUCGCCACCCUCCACCGCACCUUCAAUGCCACCCGCAAGACUCUCCUCCAGAAGCGUGUUCUCCGUCAACAACAAAUCGAUCAAGGCCAUCUUCCCGAUUUCCUUCCCGAGACCAAGGCUAUUAGGGAUGAUAUCUCGUGGAGGGGUGCUAUCCCUGCGCCUGGGUUGGCCGAUCGCAGGGUUGAGAUUACGGGACCUGUGGAUCGCAAGAUGGUCAUCAAUGCUUUGAACUCUGGCGCUGCUACCUUUAUGGCCGAUUUUGAAGACUCGAACAGUCCCACCUUCGACAACAACCUGUCCGGUCUCGUCAACAUGAAGGACGCCAUCCACCAGCGCAUCUCCUACACCGCCCCCAACGGAAAGCAAUACAACAUCCGCAAAGACGGCAAAAUCGCCACCCUCAUUGUCCGCCCCCGUGGAUGGCACUUGGAUGAGAAGCACGUCCUGAUCGACGGUGAGGUCACCUCCGGCUCCCUCUUCGAUUUCGCCCUCUACUUCUUCCACAACGCCAAGAAAUCCGUCGAGAUCGGCAUCGGCCCAUACUUCUACCUCCCCAAGAUGGAGUCCCACCUCGAGGCCCGUCUCUGGAACGAUGUCUUCAACUUGGCCCAGGACUACAUCGGUAUGCCCCGUGGAACCAUCCGUGGUACUUGUCUCAUCGAGACCAUCAUGGCUGCCUUCGAGAUGGAAGAGUUCAUCUAUGAGUUGCGCGAGCAUUCUGCAGGACUUAACUGUGGACGAUGGGAUUACAUCUUCUCGGUCAUCAAGAAGUUGCGUCAGAACCCCAAGUUCGUCUUGCCUGACCGUUCAGAUGUCUCGAUGACCACGCCGUUCAUGGAUGCCUAUGUCCGUCUGUUGAUCAAGACCUGCCACAAGCGUGGAGUCCACGCCAUGGGAGGAAUGGCGGCUCAGAUCCCCAUCAAGAACAACGAGGCCGCCAACAAGGCGGCCAUGGACAAGGUCCGGAACGACAAGUUGCGUGAGGUCAAGGCAGGACAUGAUGGUACCUGGGUCGCUCACCCCGACCUCGUCAAGCUCGCCCUCAUCGUCUUCAACGAGCACAUGCCUCAGCCCAACCAGCUCCACGUCCGUCGUGAAGAGGUCCAAGUCACCGCUGCAGAUCUCCUCAACACCACCGUCAAGGGCGGCAAGAUCACCGAAACCGGUAUCCGCGCCAACGUCUCUGUCGCACUCAUGUACAUGGAGGCUUGGCUCCGUGGCGCCGGAUGUGUCCCCAUCCACAACCUCAUGGAGGAUGCCGCCACUGCCGAGAUUUCCCGCUCCCAGUUGUGGCAGUGGGCCAAGCACCAUGCCAAGACUGACAAUGGCGUUACUGUUACGGCAGAGUACUUGUUGAAGGUGCUCGAUGAGGAGACGGACAAGUUGGCCAAGGAGAUGGGAGACCAGAGGUUCAAGGCUUCCAAGAUGACCUUGGCCAAGGAGAGGCUUUCGACCCAGAUUACUGGAAAGGACUAUGCCGAUUUCUUGACGUCCUUGUUGUAUGAGGACAUUCUUGUCUAUGACGACGUCAAGGCCAAGAUCUAA